AUGGAAAGUCAAGGAGCUAAGGAUGUUUCAAGAAACGCUGGAUUUGAAGAUGCAGAGGUUGUAAGCUCUGGGUACAGUGUCAGUCCUGUUGCAGAUGAUUUGGGUCAUACAGAUGACAUUUCACAUGUUGAUCCUGAACCUUUCAGGGCGUUGGAUUUGCUUGGGACUGAGCAACUUUUUAGGCGUGAUGUUGGUCAAGAGCCUGCAGUCGUUGCUGAGCCCGGAGCUUUGAAUUUCAGUUUGAACGAUCUUUUUGGAAGUGGUGAGGAUGAAGCUGAUUUUACUGGUUUUCAGGAGCGUGCUGAAUCUGAAAGGGACUGGACUCAUGUUACAGAGCCUUCAGUUCAGUCUGCAAAUGAUUUAGCAUUUCCUGAUGAAGUUGACCUUGUUGAACAUGACGUUAGUGGACCAGUGGUCAGCAAUUCAACCUGGAAUCAAUUGGUAGCUGGAAGCUUCUCACAGUUCCGUGAGCUGCCAAGUGACUUGAAGUUUCCUUGGGAGACGGGCACUAUGGCGGCUGUCUUCAACUUCGAUGCUGACCCGCUUCCCAGGUGCCCAGGUCUUGCAGAAGUUGUACAUUCAAGUUCAGUUGAAGGUCCAGAAGUUUCGCAAUCCAAAUUAACUGCUUUUGCUUUACCUGAUGAAGCUCAGUAUGUUCAUGCGGUGAAGAGCAUGCGGGACAUGAGUUACUUCGAGGACAAGAAUCAAAAACUUGAGCUAGCAUGUGCGCAGUGGUUGAAUAUUCUUUCAACAUGUUGGAGUGCGUCUGGCAUCGGUCCUCAACUUGUCAGUGCACUUCAGCAGGACAAUUCAGGUGUGGAAGCUGUGACAAUCCUUAAGUCUUGUUUUGGGGUAAAGAGCCCUGCAACUUUGCUGAAGCGUGCCAGUGCCUUCAGAAAGUACAUGGCAUGGUUUGACAAGAACCCGGCAUGUCAAGAGUUGAACAAGAGUUCACUGCCGUUGGACGAGAGCUCAGUCUGGCUGUACUUCAACUGGUUGAGAGAUCAACGUAUUGCUUCAGCCAAAGGGUUUACAGUUCCCACAUCAUUCCUUGAAUCAGUGCGGUUUGCCAAGUUUACAGUUGACCUCAAUGGGACAGAUGCGAUUUUGUGCUCACGCCGCCUUUUGGGGUUUGCAGCAAUCGAGCAAAGAGAGAAGGGCCCCUUGAAACAGGCACCAGGCUUGGAGCUUGAGCACAUGAGGAGAUUGCAUCAGAUCCUACAGUCUGAUGGGAACAUCACGGACAGACUGGGUGCAGGAGCAUUUCUGGUUUGCUUGUAUGGCCGUGCAAGGUGGUCAGACUUACGGUAUGUCAGCCAUGCCGACCUCACAGGAGAUGAUUUUAUGACUCUGUAUACAACUGAGCAUAAGACUGCUAGUGUUGGACUGAAGAGGCAACAGUUUCUUCCCAUUGCAGUUCCCUGGGAAGGGGUGACAUCAGAUUCUUGGCUACGAAACUGGCUGGAGAUUUAUCACCGUUGUGGGCUUGACAUCAAUCAGAAGCCACUUGGGCCUCUUCUGCCAGCCCCACGUUUGGAUGGGACAUUCUGUGCUCGACCCUUGACUACAAGUGAGGCUGCAGUUUGGCUGAGGGGGCUUCUGAAGGGUACUAGCAACUCAGAAACUUUUCGGAGUCACUCCUUGAAAGCGAGCCUUUUGCUUUGGUGUGCACGUGCUGGCCUUGACAAAGAAACACGAGCUGUUUUAGGACAUCACUGCACAGCGUUGAGUGGAAGUGAAGUGGUUUAUAGCCGUCAGCUGCAAACAAGGGCACUCAGGAAACUCAGUUUGAUCCUCAGGCGUGUGAGGACGGGUCAAGCAAUUGAGGAUGAUGCCAUGAAAGAGUUUGGCAUUGUUUCAACGCCUCUUCCUUUCACUCCUGCAGCGGCUGCUAGGACUCCUGUCGCUGUGCCACAACAGGUCAUUCUGGCGAAGCCAGUUGAGCAAGGUGAAGUCGACAACUCAGGGGUGUUGAAUGCUGUCAAGUUGGCCAUGGACUGUGAGGACCUGCAGAGUGUCAAAGAAGAGCAGUUUGAUUUGCAGACGGUUGAAGCAGCAGCUAGUGAGCUCACACUUUACCCAGUAGAUGUUGUCAGUUCUGGUGUCGUUGAAAUUGAAUCGUCAUCUGGAAGUGACAGCGACAGUUCAACCAGUGAUUCUUCCAGCACCACAGAGCAGGAACCUCAGAAAGAUCAGCCAAGCUUCAUUGAGCAUGUACCAGAAGAUUUUGAUUUUUAUCGUCAUGCCAAAAGCGGCAUUUUGCAUGCGUGCAAGCUGAGUGAGUCUGUGAGCAAAUGUAAGCUCAGCAUGAAUGCAAAUUUCCGAAAGCUUGGCAGAAGGAGACUGGAAUUUGCAGCCAUGUCUUCCUUGAUAGAUAGCACUGCUCAAUUUGAGUCGCAGAUGCGGGAGCUGGGCAUACAACAGACAUUGCUUGAUGGGCUCAAACAGCAUGGGGUACGAACCCUAUCACAGCUUGCAUUCUCUGUGGGUCAGCCUGGACAACCCAUCUUGGAUCAGAGCGUUGAAGCAUUGGUACAAGCCGCUGUAGGCCGUGCUCCAAGCCUCACAGAGGCUGCUUGCUUGAAAAGAUUGGCAUUCGAGGCGCAGACAUACUUGACUGCAACACUGAGACAGGCAGUUGACAGAUCAGAAGACGCGGUGCCGCGCAAAGUGCCAAUGGCUGAGCGAUCGACCAGAAUGGAUGCCUUGAAAGCAGCUCUGGGAGGACUGGAUAUCUCUGGGGAGCACGAGCCUGCACAUAGCUUAUUAGACAAGUGCUGUGCAAUGUUUGAGCAGAACAGCAUCAAGUAUGUGGAGCCGUCAGCCUGCAUAUCCAGGUCAUUUGAAGUUCAAGGGUCAGAGAAAAAGAACCGUGAACUGACCUUGGAGCGUGGGUCCCUAAUCCUGAGGAACUCUGAUGACCGUUUGAAUAGCCCAACUGAUUCAGAGAUCAAAUUGCACUAUGCGAUGGUGCGCAGGGGCUUGGCUUUUGAGUUUGCCAAGCUCAUGAGUUUCUCUCAGCAUUCCCAAUGGGAGAAGUUCCUUUUUGAGGCGGUUCAUCGUGAAACACCUCCAGGAUUUACUCGGCCUUCCUUGCUCCAGAUCGUUCAGUGCGACAAAGCGGCCUUUAGUCGAUUGGGGAGCACGAUGACGUCCAUUCGACAGCGUGGUGAUGGUUCGUAUCCUCUUGGUGAAGAGCUCCUCAAUCUCAGGUCGGAUCCUCAUAUUGCCUUGUACCUGAUGCCCUCAGCUAAGCAGUCUUCCACUUCGACUGCAUCCAGCCAUCAAGGACCACGGGCACAUCCAUACAGUUCUGGAGGGCAAACAGCCAAAGGAAAGGGAGGUGGAAAGAGCAAGUCAAAGCAGAAGAGCUCACCGCCAAUCCCCUCUGAAUUGAGGGGGAAGUGGCACAAGACCCCUUCGGGGGAUCCAAUAUGUUUUGGUUUCAACUGCCGUAGUGGCUGUGCCGAGAAAGGGAUUCAGCCUGGACAACGUUGUUCCAAAGGAUUUCACGUUUGUGCUGAACCUCGAUGUCAGGGCGAGCACAGUUUACAGCAGCAUGCGUCGAAAUGA